AUUUCACGUGUUUCUCCGAGUUUAACAAUGUUUCUGUGAAUUUUCGAUAAAAGUUUAUAAAAGCAAACCAAUCAUGCCAAUCGAAAGUGACGACGAAGCGAUUUCGCAGAUUUUGAACUCCUUCAAAGAGGAAUACGGUUUGGUACAGCAGCCUUCAGCGGGCUCCGGCCAGGAUGAUUCAAGCGAUUCCGAAGCGGUAAAAUCCGAGGACGAGGCAGAUGUCAAGGAAGAACAGCAAAUGGAGGAAGAUGUGAAUGAGGAUUCGGAUGGAAAUGAAACGGGGAAGUUUAUAAAGGCACCCAAGAAGGCGGAGGAUAGCGAAGGCGAUGCAGGUAACCAGAAGAUAGAUGUGUUUGAUAACCUGAACAAACAGACGAUCGGAAAACCGAAAUCCAAGAAGGAGAAGGAGCUGAUGUCGCUGGUUUUCGGUGGACGAGCGGAGCUGGUGUCCAAUCUUCUGAAGACUUCCGAUGGAGAAGAUACGGACGAUGAUGAUGAGGAGGAGGUAGACGAUGGUAAGAAGAAGAAGCGAAAACGAUCGGCUGCUUGGGAAGAUUCGGAUGAUGAGAAAGAUCACGAUUUUCCUCACAAGGGUCAAAGGGUGGAAAUGCGAGCCACCGUCAGCCGGCGGAGAAAGAACUUCGAAAAGAUUGUCGGUCAACCGAAGUGGGCAGAGCUGGACCGAGAGCGGGAGGUCGAUUCGGAUGAUGAGAUUCUGAAAACAGUCGGCCAUGUCGUGAAGGGUACGAGUGCGGAUUUGCCCAAAGGGAAUAUUGAGUUGAAGCGGUUGAAGAACUUGAACCGGGAAACGAAAAACGAAGGGGAUAUAACGGCCAUCAAUUUCCAUCCUACGUCGAUGGUGGCGGUUAUGGCUGGAAUGAACGGAUUUGCGUCGAUUGUUGCAGUUGAUGGCAACAAGAACGAGAAGCUGCACACGAUUGGGCUGAAGAAGUUCAAGAUCGCUUGUUGUCGGCUGACUCCGGAUGGAAAUGAAAUACUGUUUGGUAGUUUCCGAAAGUUCUACCAUGUCUACAAUUUGAUAUCAGGGCAGAGUGACACGCUACAACUUCGGGGAGAAGGUGUUUGGACAAUGAAAAAUUUUGAAUUGUCCAAAUGUGGAAAAUACCUGGCCGUUACGGGAGGUUUUGGUGAAAUCCAUCUGUUGGACGCCAGAAGCAAGGAGCUUCUAACAACUAUUCAACAGAAACACAGUUGUCCUUCAUUGUGCUUUACUCCCGAUUCAAAAUACCUUAUAGCACACAGUACGGAUACGGAAGUUUCAAUAUACCAUCUAGAAAAACGUCGUUUCGUUAAUGUCUUCACCGACGAAGGUUGCGUCAAUGGAUCAUUUAUUACCGUGUGCCCCAACAAUCGUUACAUAGCUACUGGAAAUCGACAAGGAAUCGUCAACAUCUACAUGCUGGAUAAUGUUCUCAAGGAAAAGUACCCCACUCCGCAGAAAACCGUGUCCAAUCUGACGACAUCGAUCGGAUCGAUGGCAUUUAAUGUGACUUCGGAGUUGCUGGCCAUUGCGUCCCCGGAUGUCCCGAAUGCGGUCAAGUUGGUGCACAUGAAGAGCGGAACGGUGUUUCGCAACUUCCCGCUGAUGAAGGCCGAAUUGGGCAGCGUAACUCGGGUGCAAUUUUCACCUGGCGGUGGCUACCUCGCCAUUGGAAGUCGAGAAGGAGUGGUUUCCCUAUUCCGGGUGAAGCACUAUCAGAACUAUUGAGGUCUU